UCCCAAGGAUUACCCUAGAUUGUGAGAAAGUCUCACGAAGCCAUGAGCAAGUUACUGGGAUCUCUUAACGAAAGAAGACGGCUGAAAUAUGCCAUUAACUUCGAGCAACAGAAGGGUGAUUCUUUCUGGGACCUUGCGGAUACUCUGACUCGAGAGCAGGAACUAAAACAGGAGGUUUUGAACAGCAAACUGAGAAGACAGACCUUCGCGCUGAAAGCAGAGUCGAGACGAUUAGACAACUUGAUGAUUGUGGGGCACAGACUAGAACAAGAGGAAGACACCAUUGUGGCCACAGAUGCGACCGAGAACAUCUCAACCAUUGUUCAGAACGAAAGUCGCGGCGAUCUUGCAAAAUCAAACAUAACAGUUUAUAGUCAGGACCCUCUCCAGGAAUUUGAAGGAGUGUCCCCCAGUCCAGUCGAAAGGUUUUAUUAUUGGAUCCAGCGGUUUGUGAGUGUCCCAGUCAGAGAAAAACUUGCCCGGCUGAAGACUUCGUUUCUGGAGAUCAUAAAUGAUAGGCACACUGUAUAGCGGUCUCAAACAGUGGUAACCAGACAUCUCAAGAUGAGAUAACCAAACUGAGAACUAUCUAAAAAGAGAACAUUAUAUCUUUUAGAGAACUUGAAUGUCACAGAUUACGUGACUGUACACCUGCAACAGAUACAGUAUUACAUUUCUAUACACUGUACAGCCUUAUACAAAGUACUGAAAAGUGUAUAUAUACACUUUUCUGUAUACACUUUUCGAUUGUGCGAUUGUAACAGUUCGGACUUCCUUUCAUACAAUUUUCAAUUCAUUAUUUUUAGAUUAUUUAAAUCCGAGGCCUCUUUUAACUGCAAUUUUUGAUUAGUGAGAGACACGUGCAUAAUUCCUAAUUUGAGGUGUGGUGUUACUGUUAGAAUUUCUAGAAGUUUCCUCUUUGAUUUGAGAAGAUUUUUUUCUGCACGUUAGUUGAUUUGAAGUUAAUGUAGCACGUAAAAAGGAUCUGAAGUAGUAUGCUUUACUUGUGUUGAUCGCAUAUCCGAAUAUCGGUUCAAAUAAUUGUAAUACUGAGGCAUGAUUUCAGUUUCCCAAACUAAAACAAGAAAAUUCAUAUAAUACAAGAUGACAUAGUCAUGUAUACGCCCUCGUCAUGAUAUAACCAAUGAGGCUUUGGACAACAUCCUUACAGUAGCCAUAGGUCACUUGACACGUUAAUUCAUAGGCUUUGUCUAAGUCUACGUCUUCCCCUGUACCUACACAUUGCGGGCAACUCUCAAAUGUUAAUGAAAGUGGAAUGGUCUUAAGAUUAAACCAGAAUGCUGUCUUCGUCACAAUAUCUACAUAUGACAUGAAUAGAAAUCAAAUGGAAAAACA